UCAAUUUCGUAUAUCAUGCGCGAAGCGCGGGUCCGCAACGGUGGCGCGAGGAACCCUCGGCCGAGGUCUGAAUAGGCCCGCUAAUCGAGAUUUGUGAAUUAACAGAAGAUAUGGGUAGAUUAAUCGUCGACGGUCACGGCACCGCGCGGUCCAGUACGGCCAGUAUACCCGAUAAAGAAUCGGUCGAGUCAAUUAAAGUAAUUGCAUGAAUAUGCAACGUUGACCAUUAUCGGGGCGAGUUUGUCUCAUCUUUUAUCAUCGAGUCUCCUAAUGUGGAUCUCUACGGUGUUGUCUCUCUUGUUUUGCGCUGGCCUUGCGCUCGCCCAGCACAAUCAGUACGCUGUGACCACGCCGGUGCCCAUUUUGAAGCAAAUAAACAAGCACAACGAAGAUGGCAGCUACAGCUAUGGCUAUGAGGCAGCUGAUGGUUCGUACAAGAUCGAAUCGAAGUAUCCAACUGGCGAAGUUUAUGGAAAAUAUGGAUUCGUCGACGAUACCGGAAGCGUUCGCGAGAUUGAAUACGGCGCAUCGAGACGUGGUUUCGAGCCUGUUGGUCCUGGGAUAAACGUCCCACCGCCCACGUUAAGGGGUAACAGCAUCGCUGACCCUAACGAACCCAUCGACGACGGUUCGUACAAGGAAGACCCGUCUAUUUAUUACACGGAUCCUCGAUACACUAAUGGGGAACGUUACGAGCCGAUCCCUCGGCAACCACUCGUUCAGAAUACGCCUAAGCCGAUUCCAGCGCCGAUUUAUAAUCCACCCAGGUAUCCCACGCAAGUGCAGUACCAACCGAAGCCCCAGUAUCAGCCAGAGUAUCGACCGCAGUACGGAUCCCAGUAUCAACCACAAUAUCAGGGCCAACAACAACCUCCCGCGUAUCGCGUCCCGCCGAUACAAAGCGGAAUUCAGGGUCGUUCAGGCCCCAAUGUCGAUCCCAAUGCCGGGUUAGCCUCUUACACGGUUAAUUACAGGCGAUAGAGAUCCCGCCACCGCCUCGCCGCGUGUAAAUAUUGCGUUAUUAACGCCGAUUCCGCUGACGCGUCUGUUGGGGCCAGUUUCCACGAAUCGGUUCGAUCACAGAAUAAUGACAGGCUGCGGAUCUUACCCGUGGCGUAUGUAAAUCAUUGGCUAACUGCAAGAACAAAAUUUCUGGAUUUUAUUGAAAAGAUAAGGGAACUGUUAACUUGGGAUCGGUACCGUGAGUGUUUUGUUUUUAAUUAUCUCGUAAAAUAUAAUUUGUUGAGGGAGUCUCUUUGAAGAAGUUUUUGGAGUUGAGCAAUUCAAAUAGCCUAUUGCAAAGUGAUUGGACAUUUGCGCAUCUCCCUUGCGCAUAGGAGCCAAGGAAAGCCACGAAACCACCUGAAAUGGCGCGCGUACUGAAGCUUCUGUAUCUGUCAUUAUUCCGUGAUUCAAUCCGUGAAUAUCGAAGCUGACCUACACGUAAGCUUGAAAUGUUAUAGAUUUUCUUCUGUUUAAUUGUUAUGGAUUUUUUCGACUGGAAUUGUUAACACUUGAACGACUGAACAAGUUCGUGGGCAUUGAGUUUGGAAACUGAAAUUUUAAGAUACGAUGGGCACAUUCGCGAAGUUAAUAUUCAGGAGAUAUCUUGUAAAUUUAGAAUCAAUGAAUUCGUGGUUACCAAGCAUGCUGAUUGUUUACGUGCUUGUUUGAGGUUGAAAUUUUGUGAGUGACUACGUGAUGCCCACAGGUUAUCCAAAUAUUUCAUGGACUCUUACAAACUCACCUGAGUUGGAGAACGUGGACCCAGUUAUAUUACCCAAACCCAGUUAUAUCACUGAUAUUUACUAAUUAUUGAUUACAGAUAAGGAUACUUUUUAAGACGAUAGUUUGCCACCUUACCUUCCGCAUGAUUUUCACGUCUUUUGUCUUCGCGAUUUUUAUAUCGAGUCUUAUAAGUAGUUCCUCUGUAAAGCUCUACCUCUUUUUCGUUCUUCUACCUGUUCUUCUACCUCUUUAUACUCUCGUAACUCAAUUGUUUACAUCUCUUAGUGUUACACGUUUCUUUUUAGCAUCUCUUAGUUUUAACGCUCAAACCAUAAUGACUCAGACUAUUCUCUGCGCGUGUGUUAUUUUGUGAUAAAAAUUGUACAGUAACUCCUCGAUAAAAGAUCCGCCCCUUAUGCGUGUUAUUUGCGUCUUUUAUCAAGGAAUUAUUAGUUUACACCGAAUCGUAACGGCAUCUCGCGUUCGGUAGGUUGUUCCGCUGUUUUGAAAUACAGAUUGAGUGACGUCGACUGGUAACUGCGUUCUUCCUCGUCGCCCCGUGACAACUGGGGUGAACAAUUCGCGAGAUAUGCGCUGGCGAAAUGGAAUCCCGUUCAUGUUAAUCAGCGUGUCGCGAGCAAUUGCAAAUGCGAGCAUGGGUGAACUUGACUCGUUGGCAAAAAAUCGCGUAGUUGGAAUGCCUUCGAGCCGGCCUUCCGAUGAUAUCAAUCGAUCCAUGCAUGCUGGCGACCCGUCCAGCACGCGUCGUAGGCGAUCCACCUUAAGAAUCGCGAUUAUGUCUGCGAGAUUCCUGUAUGAAUAACAAGGAACUGAGGAAGGCGAGAUACUUACAUUUCAUUUUUUAUAAGUUCCCUUCGUCGAGGAUCAAUAGGAAAUGCAAAUGGAUUGCGUCGAUAGAUUCAUGCAGAGAUGGGCGAAAUUCUAUUCAAAGAUGGCAAAUAAAAGCGACGCAUAGCGUGUUAUAUGAUUCUAUGAUUAAAAUUGUAUAUUUCACUGUAAGAUUCAGAUGUUCUUUAUCGUGAAGGUCUAAAUUAUGUAAGUUAAUUUUUGUGACGCGUACAUUUAAUGUAUUUUUACGCGUUCAUUUAACGUUAAAUUCAGGGUUGCUUGUAAUUAAUUCUCAAGCAAACUACGUGGUUUCUUUCAGUUUAUAUUUCCUCUAUAAUUGUAUUAUUUUUAAUAUCCAAAGGAGCCUGGAGCAUAGUUUAAACCAAGCUUGAGUUAACGUAUUGUAGUAACUCCCAACAAUAUGUACAGUGAUUUUUGGUUUAAGGAUAAACAGACAAUUGUCUAUUUCUUAUUCUUAUCUAAAUAAGAAUUUUGUCCACCUCUGAUUUCUAAACAUUCAUGCGAUUAACAGAGAAGCAGUAAUCGAUGACUGGACGAUGUAAUAAUACACUGAAUAUCAUGUAUCUCGUAUAUACAAUCGUCAGAAAUUUCUGUAGCCAAGAAGAGAUACUGUUACAAAUGUUACACGUGUUAGUAUAGUAAGGACAUUAAUUUUAUGUGCUAUCUGCAUUGUUUUAUGGUAAUUUACUGUACUGCGUAAUAAAGUAUUUAUGGAAGA